AAUAAUUGAUUAGGCAGGGUGGGUUUCACCUUUUACUUUUAGUUUUAGCAAGGGGGAAGAGGGGGAGUAGCAGAGAUGGAGAAGAAGCGUUGUGGCGUUUUGGUGCUGGCAACAGUGGUGCUAAUGCUGGUUGGUGCUGCUACUGCUGCAAGAACAGUGACUGACCGGACACUCAGUCAUCAUAAUGGGCAAGUCAGCAGAAAUCUGCUUUCUAAUGGCCUUGGCAUGACUCCUCCAAUGGGGUAGAGUAUCACACUAUAGUAAAAUGCCUUGUAUACAAUUAUAUGCACAAUUUGAUACAUUUUCAUUCAUCUUUUUUCCUCUUUAAUUGUUUGAUCUGUAGAAAGUUUUGAUCUUUUUGGGUUUAAACCACUCAUGCCAUCUUUCCUUUUAAAUUCACACUGUUUUCUUUAGAGUGAAAUGGAUGGCAUAAGAAGAUUGGAAAUGAUUAUUACAUUAAUUAGCACGUGCCAUAAUAGGGGAACAAGGAGUGAUGGGAUUUAGUCUGCCGAUCAAUUUCAAGAU